CCGAGGGAUGGUAUGUCCGAAUGACAGUAGAAGAACUCCACCUGGCCGACAACAAUUUAAACAGAUGUUACCAUUGGUUGGAAAUCCAAUAUAACCUGCCAGGCCAGACAGGAAUCAAACGCUGUGGGGACAUUAUAGGGGAUCAGUGGACGGGAUCCAAAGACAGCCCUAACUUUAUGACGAUAACAUUUGACAGUAAAUUUGUACAGGACAGACAAGUGGAGAAGGGCUUCAAACUCAGAUUUAAUGCUGUUGGAAGAGGAUGUAAGGAUAACCCAUGUGUAUAUGGUACCUGCCAUGAAAGCAAGAUGGAUUGCCAGUUUACGUGUUCCUGUUACUCUGGUUUUGAGGGAAAGUUGUGUGACAAAAUGUCAAGUGAUGCCACAUUUGAAUGUACCUUUGAAAAGACGAAGUGUUUCUUAGAAAACACUAAAGAAGGCGACGACUUUGACUGGGCUGUUAACUCAGGUCCCAGUAGUUCACAAGGCACGGGACCUGACAGAGCACACAAAGGAAAUCGGUACAUUUUUACAGAAAUGUCAGAUCCUCGAGUAAAGGGAGAGAAGGCAUGGCUGGUAUCUAACUUGGACCUACCAGCUUCAGAGAGAUGCCUUUCGUUCUACUACUACAUGUUUGGUCACACAGUUGAUUCACUGAGAGUCCUGAUUUCCGGGGAAAACAGGUCCCAAAGCGCCAUCUGGUCUGAAACAGGAAACCAGGGCAGCAAGUGGAAAUUCGCUCGUGUCAAUAUUGAGCAAAUAGAAAAACUGAGGAUCGUGUUUGAAGCUGUUCGUGGUGAAGAUUGGAGUAGUGAUAUUGCCUUAGAUGACGUAGUUCUUUCUGUCGGAGCAUGCGCAAACGUGACUGAAAAUAUUGAGUGUGUGAAGACAAACCGGGGCGGGGAUUACAAAGGGAAAGUCAACGUAACACGGAGCGGAAAGGCUUGUCAGCCCUGGGCGGAUCAAACGCCCCAUUCACACACUGGGUAUGCUGCCCUAGUCAACGACUCCAACUACUGCCGGAAUCUUUACCCCCGGAGCAAUGACUACCACCCCUGGUGUUACACUAUGGACCCUGGGGACCGCUGGGACUACUGUGACAUACCUGCUUGUGAAUAUGAAGAAUGCAGACGCUCUAGUAUUGGAUACGAGUAUGCUGGAAGAGUGAGCAAAACAAAGUCCGGGAAAACGUGUCAGAGGUGGGAUUCACAGUCACCACACGAACACUCGCACGCGGGUCUGAUGGGCCACGAGAAUUACUGUCGGAACCCCAGGGGUAGAGAACAGGAACCUUGGUGCUUCACAGAGGAUAACUCCACGCGUUGGGAAUAUUGCGAUGUGCCAAUGUGCAAUGAUGAAGCUCGGGAAUGCGCACUGCUAGCUCAAAAUAUUGAUUACUUUGGAAAAAUCAACACAACUACAAGUGGUCGAUCAUGUCAAAGAUGGGAUCAACAAAAACCGCAUUCUCAUUCAAUGCCACUAACCUCUGCUCAGGAGAACUAUUGUCGUAACAUGGGCGGCGAGAACCGAGCAUGGUGCUAUACGACCGACCCCGACAAACGCUGGGAAAGGUGCAACAUUCCGCCAUGUGACAACUUGGCAUGCUUUUCGAACCCAUGCUACAAUGGAGGGACAUGCACAAAUGAUGGAGAUUCCUAUAAUUGUUCCUGUUUUCUGGGUUACCAAGGAGACAGGUGUGAAACUGAAGUUCCACUAAGAACAGAGAACUGUAAACGGUCCAUCAUUGGCUGGGAGUACCGAGGAACCAUAUCAUUAACUGUCAACAACCGAACGUGUCAGCGGUGGAAUGAAAGUACUCCACAUGGACAUCGCUUUACCACGUCCAUGGCGAGUCACGAGAACUACUGCAGGAACCCGGAUAAAGAACCUACCCCGUGGUGCUACACCUCUGACCCAAAUAAACGAUGGGAACUUUGCAACAUACCGACUUGUGACACUCCGCCGUCUGAAUGCUUGAAUGUUGCUCGAGGAGAAGAUUAUUUUGGCCAUGCUAACAAGACUAUAAAUGGGUACACGUGCAUGCGCUGGGAUUCCCAGUCACCACAUCAGCAUGGGUAUAAUUACAUUCGGGAUCAGGAGAACUAUUGUCGUAAUCCUUAUGGAGAGGAACCUAAGGGGCCAUGGUGCUAUACCACAAAUCCCAACAAGAGAUGGGAUUAUUGCUUUGUUCCUCUGUGUGGUGGGAAGAUUUAACCUGAAUAUAGAAGACCAC